UUCGGUUAAUUCGUCAUCAAAACACACUACUCCUCUCUCUCUAUAUAUCUAUAUCUAUAUAUAUAUAUAUAUAUAUAUAUAUAUUUGUACAUUACAACUCUGGGUCUCCUUAACUUCCCUAAAUCCAACCAUGGGACCCUAAAUUGACGUUUUUUUUUUUAAUCUGGCACUCUGUCUCUCUCCUCCAUCCAUGGCCUCCCACCAACACAACCACUCAGACCUCAACAAAAACGGCACCACCACCACCACCACCACCACCACCGCCAUCGCCGUCACUAACAAUACCCUAAACCACUCCCCCAACAAAAACAAAAAGCCAAAGCUCUCUCUCAUCUCCGACGCCGAGCUCCGAUCCGAAUUCGCCCACCACGACCCCGCCAUCGCCCGGAUCAACAACGGCAGCUUCGGCUCCUGCCCGGCCUCCAUCAUCGCCGCUCAACAGCUAUGGCAGCUUCGGUAUCUCCGACAACCCGACGACUUCUACUUCAACCAACUCCAGCCCUCCAUCCUCAAAACCCGAACCCUAAUCAAAGACCUCGUCAACGCCGACCACGUUGACGAGAUCUCCAUCGUCGACAACGCCACCACCGCCGCCGCCAUCGUCCUCCAGCAGACGGGCCGGGCCUUCACCGAGGGCAGGUUCCAGAAGGGCGACGCCGCCGUGAUGCUCCACUACGCCUACGGCGCCGUCAAGAAGUCUGUCCAGGCCUAUGUAUCACGCGCCGGCGGUCAGGUAAUCGAAGUUCAAUUACCAUUUCCUGUUAAUUCCAAGACUGAAAUAGUCAACGAGUUUCGGAAAGCCCUAGAAAGGGGCAAAUCGAACGGUCGUAGGGUUAGGUUAGCGGUGAUCGAUCACAUCACAUCGAUGCCGAGUGUUGUGAUUCCGGUCAAGGAAUUGGUUAAGAUCUGUAGAGACGAGGGUGUUGACCAAAUCUUUGUCGACGCAGCACACGCAAUUGGGUGUAUUGAUGUUGAUAUGAAGGAAAUUGGGGCUGAUUUUUACACUAGUAAUCUGCAUAAAUGGUUUUUCUGUCCACCCUCCGUUGCAUUUUUGUACUGUCGGAAAACCGAAAGCUCAUCGGAUUUGCAUCAUCCGGUGGUAUCACAUGAAUAUGGAAAUGGAUUGGCAAUUGAGAGUGCGUGGAUUGGGACGAGGGACUAUAGUUCGCAGCUUGUGGUGCCGGAGGUUAUGGAGUUUGUGAAUAGGUUUGAAGGUGGGAUUGAGGGGAUAAGAAAGAGAAACCAUGAUAAGGUUGUUGAAAUGGGAGAAAUGUUGGUUAAAGCUUGGGGGACAAAUCUUGGGUCUCCACCGGAGAUGUGUUCGAGUAUGGUUAUGCUUGGGUUGCCGGCAUGUUUGGGGAUUUUGAGUGAUUCCGAUGGUUUGAAGUUGAGGACCCAUUUGAGGGAUUGCUUUGGUGUUGAAGUUCCAAUAUAUUAUAGAGCACCGAAAGAUGGGGAGGUUAAUCCGAUAACAGGGUAUGCACGGAUAUCUCAUCAAGUUUAUAAUAAGGUUGAUGAUUAUUAUAAGUUAAGGGAUGCUGUUAACAAACUCGUUAACAAUGGAACUACCUGUGCAUCUCUCUCAAAUUGAAAAAGAUUGUAAGAGGCUUCUGAUAAAUAACUCCCAAGCUUCUCAGCUUAGGUUGCAUGCUUCGGUUCUCAUAAUAUUGGGAAUGCGGGAUGCCUGAAGUGGUGGAAAAAUCAAUUGCAGGUUGAAGCAUGUCUAAGAGCUUGAAAAGGUGUCUUCUUAGCUUCGAAGAUACAAAUUCCUCGUGGAGAUCUUUUAAUAUGUCCUUGGGUUUCUGUUCAAGCUCUUUCUUUAAUUUAUCAGAUAUAAUUUCACUUGAUCCACCAUCAAGUGAAGUAAAACUUAUAUGUUCAAGUUUUGGCUAUUGAACUAGGCAUGGACAUGAUGUUUGUUGUUCACAUUAAGAAGUUUCAUCUUGUGCAAGGUAGCAUUUGUACAAAUUUAUGGUUGCUUGCUUAUUUGAUUUGGUUGAGAAUUGCAUGAUUAUAGCUUAGAAAACAUUCAAUACUUCCCUAAAUGAGCUACAAAAAGUUGUAAAUGCAUUUUGUUAUUUUAGGGACCUUGAGAAGAUCUGAAUCGAGGGCUUUUGUAGUACUCUAGGAUGAUUUGUAGUUGUCCAACUCUUGCAUUAUAAAGGUAUGUGUGUAUAUAUUUAUAUGUGGAA